AUGAAGAUUGGAAAUUAUGUCAGACCACAACAAAGCUACGCAUCACCAACAUGCCGAUUAUGCGGAAUAAGGGGGCAUGCUGCAAGAAAUUGCGGAAUGCAACGAGAAAAUCAACAGCGUCCGCAAGUAAGAUUCAAUGAAAAACCAACACCAAUGUGGAAUCAACGCCCUACUUGCCAAUUAUGUAAUAUAAUUGGUCACCAAGCAAAAGAUUGCAAUCAGCGACGACGGUCAAACAAUGGUUAUAAUAAUGGAACCAAUAAUGGUUAUAAUAAUGGUUACAAUAAUGGUAAUAAUGGUAGAUAUUAUAAUGGUAAUAAAAAUGGCUACAAUAAUAAUUACACGAACGGUUAUAAUAAUGGUAAUAAUAUGGGUAAUAAUAAUGGUAACAUGGUUGGUAAUAAAUAUGCGGAUAAUAGAAAAGACGGUUCAAUUCGAGGUUGCGAUUUCUGCAAGGGUGAUGAUCAUAUAGAAAUGAAUUGUGUUGAGAAAACAUUCCAACAAAGAGUGCAGGGAAACUUGCAACCGUCCCUCUAA